GGAAUGUGAACCUGGAGAUAAUGACGGCAGACUUUGCUCAAUACCUGUCCUCCCCGUAUAUAUUGUAGCUCCUGGCUGGGUACCUGUCUGUAUCCUGCAUUGCCUGGGAAGGAAGCUGCAGCACCUGGUCCCCAAGGUGGCUUGCUGCUUUCCAUUUCAGCCAAGGAUUCCAGCCACAGAUCAACAGAACACAGAGUAGAGCAGCGUGGGCACAAACGGAAGCACUGAUAAGUAUGGCUCCAUGGCCUGAACUAGAAGACCCUAAUAAAUAUAUUGAAAAUCCUUGUUCCGAACAAAAUCAAGCUAUGCCCAAAAAACAGGAGAACAAUUCAAAAGGUGAGGCCAUUUCCUUAGGAAACCAGAUGGAACUUUUACCGGCAUACUCCACUGUCGCCUUGGCAACUUCUCAGGAACCCCAGAAUGAAGUGGACCCUUGGGAAAUGCCAGUGCUCCAGAACACUGGAGUCAAGUGGUCAGAAUUGGAUGGAAAAGGCAAAGUUCUCUGUGUGUUCAAAAGCACAGGGAAGUUUAUUCUCUUGCUUGGACUCCUCUACCUUUUCGUCUGCUCCUUGGAUGUUCUCAGCUCAGCCUUCCAGCUAGUAGGAGGUAAAGCUGCAGGAGACAUCUUCAAAGAUGGUUCUGUGUUGUCCAACCCUGUUGCCGGCCUUGUGAUUGGUGUCCUGGUCACAGUAAUGGUCCAGAGUUCCAGCACCUCCACAUCCAUCAUAGUCAGUAUGGUGGCCUCUUCCCUAUUGAGCGUUCAACUUGCAAUUCCAAUCAUUAUGGGAGCCAAUAUUGGAACGUCAAUCACAAACACUAUCGUGGCACUCAUGCAAGCUGGAGAUAGGAACGAAUUCAGAAGGGCCUUUGCCGGGGCUACAGUUCACGAUUUCUUUAACUGGCUCUCAGUGUUUGUGCUGCUGCCCAUUGAAGUUGCCUCUGGUUACCUGUAUCGUCUUACCAACCUCAUCGUUGAGUCCUUUCAUUUUGAAAGUGGGGAAAGUGCCCCUGAGCUACUGAAAGUCAUCACCGAUCCUUUUACAAAACUUAUCAUCCAGCUCAAUAAAACGGUGAUUGAUGCAAUUGCUGUGGGUGACGAAUCAGCGGCCAGCGGCUCCCUCGUGAAAAGUUGGUGCAAAAUGAACAAGAGCUUGAUUACAAAGAAUGAUACCGUUCCAUCACCUGACAACUGCACAUUUCCAAACCUUUGCUGGACUGAUGGUAACUCAACCUGGACUCUCAACAAUCAUACGCACACAGAAUAUAUUGAAAAAUGUGUUCAUAUUUUUGCAGGAACAUCCCUUCAUGACUCAGCUGUCGGUGUUAUCCUGCUCGGAUUGUCCUUGCUUGUACUGUGCACUUGUUUGAUAAUGAUCGUGAAGUUGCUGAAUUCUGUACUCAAAGGACAAGUGGCCAAAGUUAUCAAGAAGACGCUCAACACUGAUUUCCCAUUUCCAUUUUCUUGGCUCACGGGAUACCUGGCUAUGCUAGUGGGAGCUGGCAUGACCUUCAUUGUUCAGAGCAGUUCGGUGUUUACAUCAGCCAUUACUCCACUUGUUGGAAUUGGUGUUAUAAGUAUUGAGCGUGCGUACCCCCUCACGCUGGGAUCCAACAUCGGCACCACCACAACGGCAAUUCUUGCUGCUCUGGCGAGUCCAGGAAAUAGAUUAAAGUAUUCCUUACAGAUUGCUGUGUGCCACUUCUUCUUCAAUAUUUCUGGGAUUAUCCUUUGGUACCCGGUCCCUUUCAUGCGUGUCCCGAUCCGCUUGGCGAAAGGCUUGGGGAACAUAACGGCCAAGUACAGAUGGUUUGCCGUUUUUUAUCUCCUCCUGUGCUUCCUCCUCAUUCCUCUCGCCGUCUUUGGCCUGUCGAUGGCCGGCUGGCCGUACCUGGUGGGCGUCUGUGUCCCCAUCUUGGCCCUCUUGGUUGGGGUGAUCGCCAUCAACGUUUUGCAAGCAAAAUGGCCGCACGUGCUGCCUCGGUGCCUCCAAAACUGGGACUUCCUCCCCACGUGGCUCCGCUCCUUACAGCCUUGGGAUGACGUAGUCACUGCCAUGACAUCGGCCUGCGGGAGAUACUGCUGCUGCUGCUGCAAAUGCUUGGGAGGCAAGAACGUUGGCCUGGCGAUGGAAGAAAAGCCGAAAAAAGCAAUGGAAGGGCACGAUAACCCUGUUUCGUUAGCGGACGAAGAAAACGAACGUUCGGCAGACAAAACUAAGCCAAUAGACUCACAUUUCGCACUUGUAUAGCCACAGGUUGCCCCAUAAGGGUUGACAACGUACGGACAAAUGGCGGAGGGGGAAAGCACAAGAAGUGGGGAGAAAGGGGAAGGGAGAAAUGCAUACCAGGCUUUUGCGUCUGGUGACCCCGGCGGCAGCCAUGUUUUUUGGCAAGAACGCAAACCCAGAUUGUGAGAUCCAUGCUGAGUAUCUGUUCAGCCCCUGCCUUCUGUAGUUUUGCCUCUGAUCCGUCUGGCCAAAGAGCAGGCUACUACUGGAAGCCAGGCCUGUCUCGGGCCAAAGUCAGGCCUCCGGGGGGUUUUUUUGCUUCUAACUAGAAGUGCCACACGUCUCGACUGCUUCUGCCAGGUACCGUGUUUAUCACAAGUGCACUACUAUGAGUGUCUGGUAAUGGUACUCCGCAGCUUAAGGGGACUUUGGCUCUCCUAUAUGAUUAAUACAGUAACAAGAUUGUCUGAAACAACAGCUUCUCAUCAGAGGGCUUUCAAGAGUUAAACUGCAAAAGCGUGGCUGGAAGCGAGGGCAAGAAUCAGUGUCGCAUUUGAACAAAAGCCAAGGCCAAAUAUUACCCCAGGUGCCUUCUGUAAAAGGCUAUGUUUACACAGAUCAGAUCGUUAAAUUUAGCCCAUCAAACUCUGUAAAUAAGCCCAUGCUUUGAUGGUGCAAUACCUCAAGAAUGAAUAUACUGAAACAAUUUUUAUAAUGUCGAGAGGAGGGAUGGUGUGUGUGCGUGUGUGUGUAUUGGAAUCACAGUUGCUGUAAUUUGUGUCUUAAAGAUAGAAGUUGUAUUUAUUUUUCAAGAGCACUUGGCUUUCUAAAGCCUACAAGAUCCAGGUACUAGAGAACUGGGUUGCUGCAUAUCAUGAUGGAAAGAAAGGAUUUAAGGAGCAGGGAAGAGUCUCGUAAAAGAGUUCGUGUCUCCUCCCCAAAAGCAAUAUUAAAACAUUUGUUAUGAUCAUUUUUUUAAUACUUCAUAACAAGUAGAGAUAUAGGUAGUGAUGUGCUUUGGAACGUGGGGUGGGACAGAUUCAGUGAAUGUCUGUGUUUAUAUUUGUAUCAUGUGUUUGUCUUAUCUAUAAAAUAUAUUUUGAGUGAUA